AUUUAUUUUUAUUUCUCAAAAAUAGUUGAAUGGAUUUCACAAAAGUUUUUGGUUUUUGCUAAAUAAUUUAUAUUUUCUUGCAUUUACCAUGUACAGGCGAGUUUUUAUUGCAUUUCGACCACAACAUCGUUUCUUUUGCAAUAAAAAGGCUCUAGACACUACCUGUGACAAUUCCAAAAUCAAUUGGAAAGAACUAAAAUACGAAACCAAAGUGCCACUUGAGCCGGUUAUCCCAUUCAUACCAGAAUCCCAGGACAUUGAAAUCGAUAGUAAAACUAUUCAACUCUUAGAACGUUUGUCAUUAGUUGAUUUGGACAGUAAAGAAGCUCUUAAAACUCUUAAAGAUAGUAUUCAAUUUGCUAAUCGUAUAAUCCAUAUCGACACAAAUUCUGUCGAACCACUUUAUACAGUUCUCGAAGAUCAAAAUCUCGAACUGCGUGAAGAUAUUGUCACUGAUGGUAAUAUUAAACAAGAGAUUCUAGCCAACGCUAAGAAAACAGAUGAGGACUAUUUUGUUGCUCCUCCCGGCAAUAUUCCUCUCGAACAAGAAGAAAAGAAUUUCAAUUGA